UACCAAAUACUUCAGUGUCCCUGAGAGCAUAGUUUAGAGUUUUCUUUUCUUAUUUACUGUUGUCUGGACUAUAGUGGCCUGGAAUCCAAAAUCAAAUUGUGGUUCACAUGAGAUGACAUGCCACGUGGCCAAAUGUGGUUGGGUUGGAAUGGAUGAGGUGCUAUCCAUAUAAUCUUGGUUUGUGGUUGUUCAUUGGUUAUUGUCUCGGCUAGAGAAUACAUUAAUUUGUAGAUUGCUCCCAUAUCAAAAUCAAAUAAACUGGAACCCAGUAGCAGAGAGAGCUCGAUCACCACCUCACUUCAAUCAAACUAGAAUACAACAGAAAUGGCCACCAUCUCUGCAUGCUCUCCGACCUCCACCGUCGCACGUGCUGCACUCGUGCCCAAGGCUCCGGCACCACGCCCCUCCGCCGUUCUCGGGUUGCCGGCAAUGAGUAGCAUGGGCAAGAUGAGAUGUUCGAUGGAGGGAAAGGCAGCUGGCGAGUCAAAGUUGGGGAUGGGUGCAUCUAUGAUGGCGGCAGCGGCGGCAGCCGCCAUGUCCAGCCCAGCAGCCAUGGCUCUGGUGGAUGAGAGAAUGAGCACGGAAGGGACCGGACUCCCAUUCGGGCUGAGCAACAACCUUCUUGGUUGGAUACUGUUUGGUGUCUUCGGUUUAAUCUGGUCUCUCUACAUCGUCUACACUUCCGGCCUGGAUGAGGACGAGGAGUCUGGACUCUCCCUUUGAGCUUCAAUUUGUACUGUGUCAUUUGUGUUAAUCAUGAUGUAAUACUUUACUGUCAUCAGAUCAUGCCGUUUCUGUAAACUUGUGCUCUAUAACUUUCCCUUUAAUCCCUAUUC